AUGCGUCCCUUCGCACAGGGCCUUCGCCCAGUUCGCUCCCUCCUUUCAUACACAUCCCUUACAUCGACGCGAUCACCAUCUUCUCGUCUCUUCUCACAGCUCAGCCAAGUCCACCACGCUCUAUCAAAGCCCUCUUUGGCCCGACCGGCCCGCAUCCUUCCUUUGAACACCAUCCGCCACAACUCCACAUCGCGCCCUCUCACCAAGGAUCCAGCCAGCCGGAACGAGACCGAUGCAGAGCGUGAAGCUAAGAACGCCGAGCGCCGGAAAAAUGAAGAAGCCUAUCGCAUCACAUUCACCUGCAAGCCGUGCGGUGAGCGCUCAUCGCAUCGCAUGUCAAAGCAGGGUUACCACCGUGGCACAGUCCUGAUUCAAUGCCCGUCUUGCCAGAACCGUCAUGUCAUGAGUGAUCACCUUGGCGUGUUCUUUGACAAGGGAACUACUUUGGAAGAUCUUCUCAAGCAAAAAGGCCAGGCUCUGACACAUGGUCGUACCGAUGGCGACUUGGAGUUCUGGGAGGAUGGCACAGUCAAGAGCUUUGAUUUGGAGGGCCAAGAGCUUUUGGGCUCUGCUGGUAAAGAGACUGCCGAGAAAGUGUCCUCUUGA